UCAUUAUUAGAAAAAUAGAGCAGCAGCCAAUGAAGAUAUAUAUGUUACUCAAAAUAAAUAACAAAUAUUAAAUUGUUAUAUAUAAUUCAUAAGGCCGAAAAAAGGCCAGGGCCCAUCAAGUUCAACCAAUAUGACUGUUGUGUCCCUACUGUGUUGAUCCAGAGAAAGCUCCAGCUACAUCAUCAAACCCAACCACAACCACUUCAUCUUCCAGUACAACUCCAGGCACAUCCCCAACCCCAGAUACAAUGAUGGAGAUGGUGACAACUGCUCCUUCCACAUCAACAAGCUCAACUACACCCACCUCACAGUCUUCUACUGCUCCUACUACAUCAUCAAACCGAACUACAAAUACUUCCUUGUUAAGUACAACUACAUCAUCCAAUACAACCUCAUCACUUGUUACUACUGCUCCUGCUAUAUCAACAACCUCAACUAUAACUACGUCACUUCUUACUACUUCUCCAGAUACAUCCGCAACCCAAACUACAUCUGCCUCACGUUCUAGUGCAACCCCUACUACAGCAUCAAACCAAGCUACAAAUACUUCAAUGUUAAGUGCAGCUCCUGCUACAUCAACAACCUCAACUAGAACUACGUCACUUCUUCCUACUGCUCCUACUACAUCAUCAUCAAAUCUAACCACAAAUUCUUCAAUGUUAAGAACAGCUAAACCUUCAUCAUCAACAUUAAAUUCAACAACAACAACACUUCUUACUACUGGUAAGUCCUUGUAUUUUAUCAAAAUGAGAAACACAAGAUAA